AUGGCGGAGGCGACACGGGUGGCGAGCCAGAUCCUCUUCCAGAACUCCCUGGCGGAGGUGGUGCGGAAGCUGCGCUCCGCCUCCAAGAGCGAGGCGGAGGUGAUUGAGCAAUGCCUCGCAGAGACGCGGAAGGAGAUUUCCUCCACGGUGCAGAGCGUGAAGGUGACGGCGGUGCUAAAGGCCGUGUACUUCUCCAUGCUCGGCUACUCCGCGGCGUACGGCGCAUUUAACAUCAUUGAGGUGAUGGCUGAUAGAUUCUUUGCAAACAAGCGCAUUGGAUACAUGGCGGCAUGUGUCACCUUUACCCCCAAGACGGAAGUCUUGCCGCUACUCACAGCGUUACUAAAGCGCGACCUCGCAAGUGCGAAUCAGUACGAAGUGGGCUUGGCGCUUUACUGCAUCUCCUCUCUUUGUACGAGGGAUCUUGCGAGGGACCUUGUCGUGGACGUCGUCAAUCUGCUGAAUCAUCCACGCAACUACGUCCGCAAGAAGGCAGUGCUUAGCUUGUACCGCGUGUUCCUGGAGUACCCCGACGCUCUGCGGCCAACGUACCCACGGCUGAAGGAGAAGCUGGAUGACCACAGCGAACGCUGCGAUAAUGACCCUGCGGUGCGUGGGGCUAUUGUAUGCAUCCUGUGCGAGCUGGCCCGCCGCAAUCCAGCCAACUUUCUCGGUCUUGCCGUGCCUUUCUUCUCGAUGUUGUCCACCGUGCACAGCAAUUGGACGUUGAUUAAGAUUGUCAAGGUAUUUGGCCAUUUCGCUCCACUCGAGCCUCGUCUGGGGAAGAAGCUUGUUGAGCCGAUUGCCAAUCUUAUUCAUGCAACCGGGGCGAAGUCAGUCCAAUAUGAAUGCAUCUUUGCUGUGGCCAAUGGCAUGAGUAAAGUGGCAUCCCUGACGAAGCUGGCAACGGAGAAAAUGAAACUGUUUGUAGAGGAUGCCGAUCAAAACUUAAAAUACUUGGGACUUGACGCCAUGUCCCGUAUCUUGCAUGAAAGUCCGAAGCUUCUCAGCGAUCAACGGGAUGUUAUUCUUGCGUGUCUUGACGACGUGGAUGUGACCAUCCGGCGCAAGGCGCUGGAGAUCCUGCAGGGGCUGGUGACGAAAAAGAACAUCGUAUCUACCAUAAAUAGCAUGAUGGAGCGACGUGUCCGGUCUCCGCCGGAUGAGGAGUGGUCAAACCGCGUCAUUGCCACCGUGAUUGAGGUGGCGCAGACCGACGACUACACCCUGUUACAAGACUUUGAAUGGUACUUCAGUGUUCUGCUUGAAAUCAGUCUCGUGAAUCUAACCAGCUACCAGCACGGCGCCCUCGUGCAGCGCGAGCUUGUGACGGUGCUGGCGCGGGUGAACGCAGUGCGGCAGUUUGGUGUUCAAGCCAUCAGUGAACUGCUAUGUAUGUCAACGCUGCUUAACUGCGACGCCACGCGCUCAACGCAGUGGGAGAUUAUCAAGGCAGCAGCCUUCCUCUGCGGGGAGUAUCCUUACUGGUUGCGGGAUAAGCGUCUCACGUGCGAACGACUUUUAAGUGAUCGCAUUAGCGCGAUGCACCCUGAGGCGCAGGUGGCGUGCGUCGCUGCGGUGGGAAAAAUAGCCGCAUACGUCCAUCAGCCAUGCCCGCGUCAUCUUUCUUUGUCGCAUGGGGAGGAGGAACUAAGCCUGCCAGAUGACCCCGUGACGGAUGCCGAAUUGCGCGUGGUAAUUCUUCCACAACGCGUGGCGGAAAAGGAAAAGGGCGACGGCGACACCAAGCCGGAGGAGUACGCUGGCCUGCAGCUGUUUCGUCACAGCAUUUACCCGGACGUGCAGGAGCGGGCCCACUUGGUCUUCCACCACGUCGCCACAAACCCGGACGUCGGCCCAAGCCUCUACGUGGAGGAGCUGCUCUCCGUUGCCGUGGGGGCGCAGGGGGCGGUGGCGCCGCCUGAGGGCCUUGACCUCGACGAGCCCUUCUGCGCUCCCCUUCCGCCGCUGCUGCACCUCUCCGACAGCGAUGACGAGGGCAACACGGAGGACGAGGACGAGGACGAGGAGCCCGGUUUUUUGGGGCCCGGCGCGGUGAGGCGCCAGCGGCGGCAGGAGGAAGAGCGACGUGGAGAGGUGGCGGCCUUUUACAUCAAAGGCGUGACACGCACGCAGGAGGAGUUGCCCACGGGGGCGCAAGUGGAGAGUGCCCCGGCGGCGCCCCUGCAGCUCCGUGGCACCAGUCCAUCGAUGCCACGCAAGACCCACUCCAUGAACCGUGAGCUUUCACGUCCGUCGAAUUAUGUCGCGGCGCCCCUCACAAAACGACCCAAAGAAGAAGUAGAGGAGGAUGAGGCAACCAAAAAGUUCCGCUACGUUGAUGUCACGCGAGCUCUUACAGCUGAUGAGAAACUUCCAGAGGCAAUCCCUUACACGCAACUCUUGCAGCUUCGUACUUCUGCGGCAGCUGAAAAGGAAGGUCCGCAAUCUGCAGCAGCAGCAGCAGCAGCAGCGGCCGCCGCCGCGUUUGACCCUGUUGUCUUAUUGGAGGAACGUUACUUGCGUGUCACAGCCUAUGUGGAGUCGUGCCAUGUGCAUAAGGAAGGCACCUUGCUUGCACUCGAGGUGGAAGUGUCCAACCUGGCAAGUAGCAGCAGCGCAUAUAACGUCAGGCUUUGCAUUCAGUACGACGAGGAUAACUUUACGCAACAAAGCGUGCAGCUGGAGUCACUUGGCGCAGGCGAUGAAAAGAAUAAUAAUAUCAAUAAUAAUCAAACGCGCGGUAAUAAGAGCAACAACAAGACCGAUGAGUGCCCCAGCCAGCAGCAAGAGGAGGAAGGGAGUGCGGAGAGCAGCUUCAUGGGUGUGUGUGUCGCGGAACGCAUCAAGGGCGCUACGACGGUACGUAGGAAGCUGGGCGUCAGAAUUCUUUCGCAGCUCCCGGCGUCGCUUGUCAAGCCCCUCACGUUUAACCUGGCGUACACAAGAGGCAAGAAACCUGUGGCUACCACGUUACAGCUGCCCCUCUGUUACCCUUAUUUCGCGAAGGUGCCGAAGGAUAUCGCACCCGCGGAAUUCAGAGAGACAAUCCUUGGGAAGUUCCUUGCGGCUGCGCCGUUGGUCACUGGAUUUGUUGACGUCAAUUUGAGUCGUGUUUCGCUCGCGCUCUCGCUGAUACUGCCGAAACUGCGGUUGAGAACCGUUGACGUCUUCAAGGAUGUCGCAUCGUUUCACGGCGUGUUGCACGCGCGGAAGUCGACGGCGGAGAAGUCACACGUCGCCGUGCUUCUGCGCGAGGAGGCGGUGGAGGGGGCCAGGAAAGGCGUAAGUAUCGCGGUGAAGGCCCAUCAGACGUGCUUGGCAGAGUUGUUGGUGCAGGAGAUUGCCUCACUCAUGAUGCAGGAGGCUUCUUAG